CUCUCGCCCGCCCGGUGGCGGGACGGGGCGCGCGGAGGGACAAAACGCGCUCGCGGCCCGGAUUGGCUGCCGCCGCGCCAACAUGGCGGCGCUCGUGGCGCCGCGCCGGUGCGGGCGGGCUGUGGCUCCUCCUCCCCUUCCCCCUCGCCGCGAUGUGGUGUGGCUGCCGCCGGCUGCUGUGGGGCCGCUGCGCUCCCUCCCGCUUCCCCCGGCCGCCCCCUGCCGCUGCUGGUGGCGGCCCGGCGGCGCCGGGCGGGGGCCGCGCCUACGCGCCGCCGGCAGAGAGGAAGCGGUUUUACCAGAAUGUGAGCAUCUCGCAAGGAGAAGGCGGCUUUGAAAUAAACCUGGACCACCGAAAGCUGAAAACGCCCCAGGCCAAGCUCUUCACUGUCCCCAGUGAGGCCUUGGCCAUUGCAGUGGCCACAGAGUGGGACUCCCAGAAGGACACCAUCAAGUUCUACACUAUGCACCUGACCACCCUGUGCAACACGGCGCUGGACAACCCCACGCAGCGGAACAAAACGCAGCUGAUCCGCGCAGCCGUCAAGUUCCUGGAGACCGACACCAUCUGCUAUCGUGUGGAGGAGCCACCCGCCUUGGUAGAGCUGCAGAAGAACGAAUGGGAUCCCAUCAUUGCCUGGGCUGAGAAAAGGUACAAUGUCGCAAUUGGCUCCUCGACCAGUAUCCUGGGGCCAAACAUCCCAGCCAGCACCAAGGAGACCUUCAUCAGCCAUCUGGCCUCCUACAACACGUGGGCCCUGCAAGGUAUAGAAUUUGUAAUCACCCAGCUGAAAUCUCUGAUUCUGUCCAUGGGUGUGAUUGACAGGCACAUUACAGUAGAGAAAGCCGUGCUUCUGUCUCGCCUGGAGGAAGAAUACCAGAUUCGGCGGUGGGGCAGCGUGGAGUGGGCCCACGACUACGAUCUGUGUGAGCUGCGUGCUCGUGCAGCAGCUGGGACUCUCUUUGUUCACCUCUGUUCAGAGAGCUCGACUGUAAAGCACAAGCUGUUGCAGGACUGAGGCUGCUGGGCUGGGUGCAGGAGUGAGUUGCUGGCGUGACCCAGUGGAUGGUAACCGCCUUCCUGACACCGUAUCUCCCCUGGAAUCGGCUUCGUGCUCUGAGGAGCUGCAUCUUUGUGGGCAACUCUUGGCCUGGGCUGUCUGCCACAGUGCAGCACCAACAGUUUUGAACCCACAAGGAGGAAAGGUCAAGGUGGGUUUCCUCUGCAUCCCCAAGUCAGCAGCUCUGGUGUCUAGAACUCGGAGGAGCUCCCACAAAAGAAACGGCUUCCUGGGCAGGGCGCGGCACAGACAUACCCAGCAUAUGCCACACGUCUGCAGAGCUGCCAGCUCCUGACACACACUUGUUAUGGAAAUCUGAAAACAGACUCCAUUGCAUCUGUUCUUCAUCCCUCUGUGUGCCUGUACAUAACACCAGGGUCUCUCUGUUUGAUUAAAGGCACGCCCCUGAUAGAUAUUGAAA